AUGCUAAUUGUGGGUAAUUCAGGUGUGUUGUUAAUUGAGGAAGAUUGGGGUGAAAAAGAGGUUGUUGGAGAGGAGAGAUUGGUUGAAAUAAUUGGUGAAUGUGUAUUUGUUAAUGGUUGA